CGAGCCACUUCCUUUCUUUUUGGCUGCGUGGGGCGGCAAGAUGGCGGUUCAGAUUUCCAAGAAGAGGAAGUUUGUGGCUGAUGGUAUCUUCAAAGCUGAAUUGAAUGAGUUUCUCACCCGGGAGCUGGCUGAAGAUGGCUACUCAGGAGUUGAGGUCCGAGUUACACCCACCAGGACAGAAAUCAUCAUCUUGGCCACCAGGACACAGAAUGUGCUUGGUGAGAAAGGCCGUCGGAUUCGGGAAUUGACCGCUGUGGUUCAGAAGAGGUUUGGCUUUCCUGAGGGCAGUGUAGAGCUUUAUGCUGAAAAGGUUGCCACCAGGGGUCUGUGUGCCAUCGCCCAGGCGGAAUCUCUGCGCUACAAACUCCUGGGAGGACUUGCUGUGCGGAGGGCCUGCUAUGGUGUGCUGAGAUUCAUCAUGGAGAGUGGUGCUAAAGGCUGUGAGGUUGUGGUAUCUGGGAAGCUCAGAGGACAGAGGGCUAAGUCCAUGAAGUUCGUGGAUGGUUUGAUGAUCCACAGUGGGGACCCUGUUAACUACUAUGUUGACACAGCUGUGCGCCAUGUGCUGCUCAGGCAGGGUGUGUUGGGCAUCAAAGUGAAGAUCAUGCUGCCAUGGGAUCCAAGUGGUAAGAUUGGCCCUAAGAAGCCCCUGCCUGACCAUGUCAGCAUUGUGGAGCCCAAAGAUGAGAUUCUGCCAACCACACCCAUCUCUGAACAAAAGGGCGGGAAGCCAGAGCCACCUGCUAUGCCCCAGCCAGUACCAACAGCGUAACAGGGUCUCCUUGGCAGCUGGAUCUGGAUGUUCUAUAAGGACCUUUAAUAAAAAUCGUUUUCAAAAACAAA